AUGCGGCGAUGUGGAGACGCGCCCCGGUCAUCCGGCCGGCCUCCUCCGCGGCUCCUGCCUCCGCACGCGGCCGCAAUGCCCGCGCCGGCAUGCCCGUCGCCCUGGCACUCGCGUGUGCUGGUGGCUUGGCAUACUCGACUCUCCGUCGAGACAACAGCCUGGGCCUUUCUGGCGCAAGCAACGCACCUGCGGGACGACUCGUACGUGACUCCGGUUGGGGAAGAGGCAAAGAGGGCACCGAGCCUGUCUCUCUGCCGUAAUCACACGUUACAUAUUGACAUGGAAAAGCAGUCCAUUCCAGGCGAAAACGCUUUCCCGACCGUAGGAUACUUCAAGUCCCUCGACGAGGAGCCCACAAACGUCGACCAUCUCCCAGUCGAGCUGGCCCGACUGGCCACGGCGCCCAACGUCCCGCCCCCCAUCACGCGGAAGCAUCCCGUGCUUCUUCAGGUGCCCUUGCGGAGCGUGACGCGCCUGUCCCAAGUGACGAGUCAGUACAAGUACGAGGAAUGGACCUUCAACGGCACCACGCCGGGACCCUUUAUCCGCGCCCGAGUCGGCGACGUGGUGGAACUGUCCCUCACCAACCGCGACGUGACGGGCAACCCGCACAACGUCGACAGCCACGCCUUUGCCGGCCCGGGCGGCGGAUCCGCGCUCACCACGGCCGAGGAGAACGAAACGAAAACCGGUAGGUUCAAGCUCCUCUGCCCGGGACUGUACGUGUACCACUGCGCCGCGGCUCCCGUCCCCGUCCACGUGGCCAACGGCAUGUACGGCCUCAUGUACGUCCAGCCAGAGGAGCAGGACCUGCCCCCCGUCGACAGGGAGUACUACGUCAUGCAAAGCGAGAUCUACCACGAGGCCCCGGAGCUCGACGACGACGGACGGCCCCUGGGCGUCGUGCAGUUCUCGUACCCCCGAGGCCUGCGCGAGGAGCCCAACGCAGUCGUCUUCAACGGCAAGGAGUCGGCUCUCACCAGAGACGCGCCACUCAAGGCCAAGGUCGGCGAGACGGUGCGCAUCUUCUUCGGCAACGCUGGGCCGAACCUCACGAGUGCCUUCCACGUCAUCGGCAGCCACUUCCUGAACUGCUACCGUGACGGCGACGUGGUGAGCCCGCCCGCGCGUUUCGUCGGCACGACCAGUGUGCCGCCUGGCGGCACGACCAUCGUGGACAUGAAGAUGGUCGUUCCCGGCAGCUACACCAUUGUUGACCAUGCCAUUUUCCGCGUAGACAAGGGUGCCGUUGGCUUCAUCAAUGUUUCGGGGCCGCAGAGGCCAGAUGUCUAUGUGGGAAACCUGCCUCCCCAGCCUUGUGUAGGCUGCAAGCUGCAUGCUUGA